CUUCUCGCUUUCCGCCGGGUCAUCGCCGAUUCGAUCUUCCGUGCUCCUUCGUCGCGCUUCCCCGGUCUCUUCUCCCGGGACCCACCAUUUUCUUUUCCUCCUUUCUCUCUCAAGACGAUCCUUUUACGACGUCGAGCUUCGUCGAGCUUCGCACGGGCUCUGUCUUGCCGUCGAAGGAACCGGCGUUCCGCGUCCAACUUGUUGCUAAACAAGCUUUCGUCUCCCAUUGGAAGCAGAGAAAUGCACGAAACACGCGGAUGGACGCAGCCCUCGACGCCAUGCGUCAGUACGGCUUUCCGGAGAGGAUGGUUCGCGAGACUGUUCGGGAGCUACUCAAAGUUUAUACAGGGGAAUGGCACUUCAUUGAGGUUGAUGCGUAUAUGGCGCUCAUCGAAGCUCUUCUGGAGAAGCAGAAUCAAUGGGAGACUAAGGAGGUCGAAGCUUCAACAAGCAGUAGAAAAGAUGGAGACACCUCCACAAUGCUAGUAGUUGGGCCCUCUAGUGGAGUAGUGUCGUCUGAACAUGAAGCUGAAGCUGCUAUGAGUGAUACUGAGGCCACUGAAGCUUUUUCACAAGUGGAUGAGGCUCUCCCGCUAACUUCUGCUGUGCCGACUCUUCAAAGUGAUUGUCCUCCAGGAUUUGAAGGAUACAGAAGAGGCUGCGAAGACGUCAGGCGCGAUCAUGACUCUAACGGUGUUCACCUAAGGAGCCGUAGAUGCUACCACGGUUGGAUUGGCGGCGAAGAAGAGGCGGAGAUAAUGCAACUAACACCGCCCUUGCUGCCCGAAUACUUAACAGAAUUCAUCAGCAGGAUGGAGAAGCAAAGGCCGCAGGGCCAGCGCAAGAGAAGGUGGGAUGUGAGGCCGGAGGAUUUGUAGUCCUCUCCCUCUCUCUGUCUGUAUCUGUCUGUCUCUCUCUGGACAGAACAUCCAUACAUGGAGAGGAGAGUAGCUAUGGUCACGAAUUGGUACAGGUCAAAUUCUCUUGAUACUUCACUAUAUGUGUAUGCAGAAAGAAAUGAGAGGAUCAAAUCCCUCUUGCUCAUAGAAUUUCGCGAUAGCAAUUCUGUAAUCGAGUUACUAACUUUAUCGGUAAGUGCCGGAGCCAUAACUGAACCACCCCGUAUCAUUUUCAUUACAAAGUUUGCACAUAUCAGAUGUUGGAAAGCAA